AUGGAAAUCUUAGCUGUCUUUAAAAAUUCCCUCCUGCUCUUGACGCUUUUGCUUGCUAUCCAUUUGGAAGCUUCGAAAAUAGUUUAUAAAAAGCCACUCUACGGAAAUGGUAACACCAUCAAGGAUAAAUGGUCAAAGAUGAAAGGAAUUGUUAAGCCGGAAGUCAGCACUAUGAGCAGCACCACCACCACAGAGGAAGAUUGGCCAACCGCUGUGGAAUUCGUGAUUGUGACAACGCCCAGAAGCGAUUUGGAAACUGAAUCAAAAUUGAUUAAUGAUGAUGGUGAUGAUAGUAUCAUCAUAACCACCACCACAGAAUCGAAUGUUGCAAAGGCUACGGAAAUUUCGAUAAAAUCCGUAGAAUCAUCAACAAUUCCGGUGGCCACAACAACAUCGAGCAGUAGUUUAGCCAACACAAUCCCAUUACCGCCCACACCAUCAGUAUUAUCUCAGCAGGAGAAUCAGCCAGUUCCCUGUACUUGUGGUGUUUUUCUCUCCUCACAAAUUUCCAAUGGCCUGCCCACAAAACCAUUAAUUCACCAGGAAUUGGAUAGGAUGUUUCCUUGUAAUGCCAUCGGUAGCAAACAGUGUCAAACUAAAUGUCUAGAGACAAUCGUUCAACAUCUGCCAAAUUCUGCAAAUAUAGUUUGCUCCGCACUGGGCCAUGAUUGCCACAAGGAACGCGCUUAUUUGUUCAUUAAAAACUGUCACAACCAAUGGGUUAAUACGAAUCUGCAGGCCGGCAGGGAGUACUGUUGUCGCUCCGGAGUUCCUUAUCGUUGUCCCUUAAUGGGUUAAUGCUGUGAAAAUUCAAUAAAUUAUCGAUACAAAAUGA